GCGCGGAUUACUGUCGUACCUCCACUACAACACACGACACGUGCGGCUUUCCGGGGAUUUAUAUAUCUUUUUAAACAGCUAUUUAUGGAAGCGUUGUAAUGUGAUUUCAGUUUAACACAAUAAACACACAAUUACAACGCAAUGUAGAUCCAAUGCAGUUUCGACUAGAGUGAUAGCUGGCUUCUACAUAAGGAGAUAAAAGCCCCGCAGGAUGUUUGUGGUGGUUGAGAUGAUCGACACCGUACGGAUUCCUCCGUGGAAUUUCCACCGGCAGCUGAACGACGCCAUCGCUGAGGAGCUCAACAAGAAACUGGCCAACAAGGUCGUGUAUAACGUAGGCUUGUGUAUCUGCCUGUAUGACAUCACUAAACUGGAGGACUCGUACAUAUUUCCCGGGGACGGAGCCUCUCAUACUAAAGUGCACUUCAGGUAUGUAGUGUUUCACCCGUUUCUGGACGAGGUGAUGGUCGGGAAGAUCAAAUACUGCAGUCAGGAAGGAGUGUAUGUCAGCCUCGGAUUCUUCGACGACAUCCUUAUCCCACCCGAGUCCCUACAGCAGCCUGCUAAGUUUGACGAAGCCGAGCAGGUGUGGGUGUGGGAGUACGAGACUGACGAAGGCGCUCACGACCUCUACAUGGACCAGGGCGAGGACAUCCGCUUCCGGGUCGUGGACGAGUUCUUCUUGGAUACAUCUCCCACCGGGCCCACCAAAGAACCCGAGGCACCCGCUCAAACCGCCAGCGCAGCGCCUGCAACCGCUACGGACGACGGGACGCAGAAGAAAGAGUCUCCUUACACACUGGUGGCUUCCAUCAGUGAGCCAGGUCUGGGCUUGCUGUCAUGGUGGAGCGGCUAACGACGGCACAAAACGACGGCCCGUGCUCCGUGGUGGCGAUCCGGUUAUCAGUAACUCUGCAUCAUUUGACCUCGGGAACCAGAGAGAGGGAUUUACUCCUUUCUGGUGCUGUAGACCGACCGACCUCACGGCGUCUCUCUGGUGCUCCUCUACCGCGACCUCGUUUCGUAUCGACGUUUGACGCCUGUAUUGGAUUUUGACCGAAAGCUCGCCGAACCAAUCGGAGAGAAGUGACCGUGUCGAACUGAGCUCAUCAAAAUUGCAUGUCCUUCUGCUCUGUCUCAGAAAUAGAUGACCUUCUUCUUCAAAACAGUGCAGCGAUCUCAUUCUGUUUCAGUCACGGUCACUCACCUGGUGCGAGUGCUAAUCUUACUGUGUGGGGAGGGAAAGAAGACGUUUAUUCUGAUUUAAAAUGCACAUUAUCUCAGUUGCAGGACCAUUUUGGUCCAUUGAUUGCUGUGCGUCAAGGAGUUGCUGAUCAUAUAAAAUAAAGCAAAAAUGUAUUUAAACGUU